AUGAUCGACGACGAUGAGGAUGAUUACGAAGGAUACUUUCUGCGCCCAGCGAACGAGUACAACAUCAAGGAGAAGAUCAUCCAGGCGAACCAGGAAUCGUUCGCCAUCCCAACACCUCCAUCCCCGCGGCAACACGUGAGCGGUGAACGGCGUGUCACCUUCCGGGAGCAGCUGGUCGAUUACGAACCGGACGACUACAGUAGCGAGGACGACGGGUACGGUGGCGGCGGUGGUGGAAAGGGCCACAAAAAGAACGCCCUCAUUGAAACGGUGGCCGAUGUGCACCGAGAGGGCGAGGAGGAUGGUGGUGAUGCAUCGAACACGGACACGAUCCUUGAGGAGCUGCAGCUAGAAGAUCAUCGAGCGACACCGGAGGGUGCGGAUGAUCCUGAGGAACAUGGACACGGGCUGGAAGAUGAGGAAGCGGUAGUGGAAGAAGAGCAGCUAGAGGGUGACUAUGAUGAGGAGGGCGAAGGACAACAGGAUCGCAUGGAGAAACAUAAGACUGGUGUUGAGGGCGAAUCGCUAGCGUCAGAAGAAGAAGACGAAGUAGAAGAGCAGCAGGACGAAGAAGAGGAAGAAGAAGAGAUUAAUGGAGCGGAGGAAGAAGAGGAGGAAGAGCCAACGGAGGGUUCAAGCAUGGACACGGAAAUCCACAACCCGGAAAGCAGCGAGGACAUCAGCAGCAGUCCGCUGAAGACGUAUCGUUCCGAGGCGGAUUCGCGUUCCGGCUCGGGAGACUCGCAGGCUGAAGAGGCAGGAAUACCGGGGGAGGGGGAGGAGGAGGACUACAACCGGGUGUCGUACGAUGACAAUGACUACGAUCACAGCGGUCCCGGUGAGGAACGAAACGGUGGUCCUGACGGUGAGUCCUCGUCCGAUGGUGAACGACCACUCGAGGCACAUCGAACCAAACGGUCAACGACAUGCCGGCGAAAGUGUUGUCGACACAAGAAAUCGUCCGGCGAAAAGCUACCGUACUACAAUGGGUUCCGUUCCGAGUACGGGUUGUCCCGGGAAGAGCUGGAAGAGAAAAAACGGCGCCUUGAAGCGCGCCGGCAGCGAGUCCGCGAACGCAAGGCACGCCGCUCGAUCGAACAACGCCAAAAGGCACAAUCGAAUGAGGAAGCUUUCGCAGCCUGGCUCCAUGGCAAGCUGCGGAAUUCGAUCAACAAACACCAGAACAUGUACGACGUGAAACAGGGAAGCUCGUCCGGGCGGCAGCAACAGCAGGACACGAAAUUUCGCCGCCGGAAUGGCAUCUUCGCGAUGCACCAGUUGUCGUACGGUUAG